AAAAACAAAGCAACGGUCCCUUCCCAUUAAUACAUUCACAUCCAUUUCCAUAAAUUUUGUCUACUCUUCUUCUUCUUCUUCACUUCUAACGUUGCAGCAAUGUCUCCUUCUUCACGCAUACUCCUCUUCCUCUUCACGCUCUCCCUUCUCUUCUCCCUCAUAUACGCCCAUGGCGGCCACGACGACGACGACGGCGGCGACGGUGAACCCGACUCCAACGCCGUUCCCGUUGACCUCCACUCGAGGACUUUGAUCCUGGCGAAGGUGUGGUGUCUGAUCGUGAUCUUUUUGGCCACGUUCGUGUCUGGGGUGUCUCCCUAUGUGUUGAAAUGGAACGAGGGGUUCUUGGUUCUGGGGACCCAGUUCGCUGGAGGAGUGUUUCUGGGAACUGCCAUGAUGCAUUUUCUCAGUGAUGCUAACGAGACUUUCGGGGAUUUGACUACCACAGAGUACCCUUUCGCGUUCAUGCUGGCUUGUGCCGGCUAUUUGCUGACCAUGCUUGCUGAUUCUGUCAUUUCUUCGGUUUUAGCGAAGGUGGGGCGUGAUGGAGAUGCAGUAGAUGUCGAAGUUCAAGGAGCUGAUACAAGCAAAGUAAGUGGAAACGGUGUUACUUCUCAGUCACAAAACCAAAACCAUUCUGUUUCUAGCACCGAUCACAACUUCGCAAGCCCUGCACUUGGCUAUGCCCAUUCACUUGGAGACACCAUCUUGUUGAUUGUUGCCCUUUGUGCACAUUCUGUGUUUGAGGGCUUAGCAAUAGGAGUUGCUGAGACAAUAGCAGAUGCAUGGAAGGCCUUAUGGACAAUCUGUCUGCACAAGAUAUUUGCAGCCAUAGCCAUGGGAAUUGCACUCCUUAGAAUGAUUCCUAACCGUCCCCUUAUGUCAUGUGCAGCCUAUGCUUUCGCUUUUGCCAUCUCCAGUCCAAUUGGUGUGGCCAUUGGAAUCAUUUUGGAUGCCACAACACAAGGUCAUGUGGCAGAUUGGAUCUUUGCCAUAUCGAUGGGUCUGGCCUGUGGAGUGUUUAUCUAUGUAUCAGUAAACCAUCUGUUGGCAAAGGGAUACAAACCACACAACCCGACAAAGGUUGACUCAGCCUAUUUCAAGUUUUUUGCAGUGUUGUUGGGCGUGGGAGUGAUAGCAGUUGUGAUGAUUUGGGAUACCUAAGGUUGUCCAUAAAUAGGAGACAUACAUAAUGAUAGCUUAAGUUCCAAGAUAACUUCUCUUUACAGCAUAUGCAGACCUUUUUCUUAUUCUGUUUUCA